CGGCCGUCAACGUCCGUGACGGUCAUCUGAACCGGCCUCAAACGAGUACCUGGUGUGGUGUGUUAAACACAUCACCACUGGGGGAGACAAAGGCGGCCGGGCGUGGUGUACGUUGACCGUCCUCGUGUACCGUGCCGGCCUUCAUAAGUGCUACUCGUCCAGAAGCGCUUACACCCCCCCCCCCAAACACUUUGAAAAGUCUAUUACGGGGUAAUGUUUGUCGGUGCUUGGGCUUGUUGAGCAACAGUCCAAUGAAUGUGGCAAGGCUGCUUGUGUGGGCUGGCCCCUAGCGACUUGGCUCUGGAUACUCCCACUACCCCCGUUUUUUUGUUGUUUUGAGAACAAAAACAACGCGCUCGUUCGUGGUCGUCUUUCACUCUCCUCCUUCAUCCCUCCCACCUCGCCGCAACAACAACCACCACCGCCACCGUCGCUUGAGUGAAAGGAAUUACCAAACGUUCCACGCGCACCGCUCGGAGGCCUGACAAGGAUCGCCGCCCGAAACCAUGGGCGACACCUUGUCCUGCGUGGAGCCUUCGAAUCCUCAGUUUAAAGAUGCCCCUCAAUCCGACGCCGACUCUCGACCGCCGAGCGUGAAUUCGGCGGACGUCGUCGAGUCCGUCGACGGCUCCGCGUCGCCGGUCGACCUCAACGCGGCGAGCGAGGCCCAGCUCACCACGAUCAAGGGCAUCGGCACCAAGACGGCGGCGAACAUCGUCGCGUACCGCACGGCCAACGGGCCCUUCGAGACCGUCGACGACUUGGCCAAAGUGAAGGGCGUCAGCGCGGCGUUCGUCGACAGGCUGCGGCCUUCCUUGACCGUCGGCGGAGGGGGAGAAGGCGCCGGCGGGACCGGCGACGGGGGCGGCGGCCCUCCCGCCGUCAUCGCCCCCGACGGCCUCUGCUACCCGACGUGCCCGUGCCUGCGCCCUGACUUCCCGGCGCCCAUUCCCAGGCCCCAAGUGGAGUCGUUUUCUGGGGUCGUGCGAGGUCGCCCGGCCGUGCGUGUCGCCAGCUGGAACCUGCAGUGCUGCUCGGCCGAAAAGAUGGACAACAACGGCGUGAGGGAGGUGGUGUGCCUCACACUGCUGGAACAAGGGAUCAAGCUUCUGGCCGUGCAGGAGUUGGCAGAUAAGGUCGCUUUGCAGAAGCUGUGCGCGGAGCUCAACACGCCGAGUCUACGCUCCGUCCGCGACUGGCCGAGGCCCCGAGGAGACUGGCGCUGCGUCGUCUCGGAGAACCCCACGGGACCCAUGUACCAGAGCAUGGAGUACGCGGGGUUCGCGUGGGAUGCCUCGUCAGGCCUGGAGCUGCUCAGCGAGGGCCUCGUCAGGAAGAAGAAAGGGAGCAAGCACUUUGCUCGUUACCCGUACCUUGGCUACUUUAAGGCGGGGCGGUUCGACUUCACGCUGGUGAACGUGCACCUCAAGGCGACGGGGCUCGGCAACGCGGAGCUCGAGAAGCUGCAGCUCGAGAUCAUGAAGCUGCCCCAGCUGCUGGACCUGCUGGAGGAGCACCUGAGUGGCGAGAAGGACACGCUGCUGCUGGGGGACUUCAACCUGACGCCGGACGCAAGCGACUUUGACGCUCUGCGCUCGCAGGGCUUCAAGAACUGCGUCCCCGCCGACGUCUUCACCAACAUCAGCAUCAAGAACCUCAGCGGCUCCAAGUCCUUCGACAACGUGUGGCUCAGUCCGGCCGCGCAGGGCCUGUACACUGGUGGCUGGAGCGUGGUCCGUCAGGGCCUCUCUCACCGCCUCAUCCCGGAUGGGUGGACCUGGGGCGGCGUCGCGUCCGACCACUGCCCCGUGUGGGCCGAGUUCCACUCGGACCGGGACCACGACUCGGAGCCGGAAAAUGUCGACGUGCGGGGGAUCUCCAUGCUGGGGCGGGAGAUAUGAGGCGCAGUCGGGAGAACCGGGGGGGGGGGGGGCACCAUCACCGCUGCCUCUACCGCCACCACCAAAGACAAAACAUCCCCCAUCUAGUUGGGGUUUGAUGAUUUUUUUUUAUUGUUGUUAAAAGAAGGAUUGGACUGAGGGGGGGUUCUUGAGGGUGAAGUUUUAUGAAUACUUCUGGCCAUGACCAUUCACGAUUGAACAUGUGCGCUGGUUUUAACGCCGUAGACAUUUAGCAUGUGGAGUUCUGCAGAAAAAAGCAAAGCAAGGAGUUGGAUUGCUUUGCUGGGCCUUCUCGUGACAAUGUCUGACCAAAAAAAAAGGUUAUCAUGUGGCCUAUAACUCUAAUUUAGUAUUUGAGAUGGGACGACGAAAAAAUACAUUGAGUAUAUCCAAAGCGUUUUACUAUGACCGAAUGUGUUUUGUGUAAAAACACAACUUGAUUCAAUAUAACUGACUCACUGUCGAAGACGUCGGGCCAGAUUCAGGGGCUGUGGUGAGUGCUUCAUUGUCGUACAAUUUUUUGUUGUUGGAAACGCCACGGUUGUCUCCGUCAGCGACCACGCGGCACAACGCCAAGGCUUAUAACCAUUCUGCCAAGAUGCACUGGUGGAGCCAGUGGGGGGGGGGGGGGGUGGCACGUGCCCCCUCCCCAAUGAUUCAAUCGAAAUCCCUAAUUUCAAUCGGAUCAUUGAGGUUUAUUAGUAAUAAAUCGGCAUUUUGAGACCCCCACUGCCACUUUGUAGCAUAUUAUUACGUGCCAGGGACUCUAUGAGAUGAUAGGACAAUAGUCUGAGUCCAUAAUUGGCAAUAAGUAACGGCAAAGCAGUUAUAAGUAAAUCAGAAUUGUGCGCAGUUGCGUAUACAGCACACGACUUCUCUGAAGGCAUUCACCUUCAGCGAGUGCGAUGCUGAUCAAACACUGUUCGACUUCGACCCUUGAUCGAUGGCUGCACCAUCGCCGCACACGCGUCGAAUAAAAAGCAAGGGACAAGUCCUUACUUACUAACAACUCCUCUAUCAUUUUUCAUUGCUGGAGGGGUUGCCCCCCCUACCUGAAAAUCCUGGCUCCACCAUUGCCAAGAUGUGAAUCUGGCUCGUCAAGUCUUGCCUCAGGGUGGCUUAGAACUGUCUCUUAAACUGGAUUAUAUUGUAGUGUUAAAACUCAUAAAUGUUUUAAAAGUUAAUUAUUAUAAAUGACAAACUUUACUUACGUUAUAAAACGUUAAACGCGGUAGAAUAUCAACAAGCAUUGCUGAAAUUAUGUAACGUUAUUUAAUUACGGCUUUGCUUGUCUUAACAAAUGCAAUCAAGGCGAAUGCGUUUUUACUGUGUAAUGUAUACAAUCACUGACGAUACAAACCGUGCAUUAUUUGAUUGAUGUGCAGCGUCGCAUGACACACGUAGGAACGCUCCUAUUCACAAAGAGUGAAUGGAAUUUUAGAAAUUGAUAUCUUGCACUCGGUCUCCUCAUAGGUGACCUCAUAAUGAACUAAACACUUUAAUAUUAACGUCUAAUCCACAAGCCGACUAUGUAUGUUAAUACAGUAAUAAGUAAUAAUCACGAAUUUACUUAGAUAUGUGAGCAUACAGGGGCUGCUCUACUUACGAACGAGUUCAGCUUCCAGAGAUUUGUUCGUAAGUCCAACUUUACUCCUGUCGAUUCCAAACGUGUUGUACGGCAUGUACACUAAACACGGGGAGUGGCUUUAAAAGUUGUAUAAUCUCCUGUAGAU